ACGGGUUAUGUUCAGUUUCAUUUAGUUUUAAAGGAAAUGUCAACAAAAAUCAUUACUAAUGACAGAAACUACUUUUAUUUAGUAAAUUAUGAUGAAAAAUUCUUCUAAAAUGAAGUCAGAAGAAAGGUGAAAUUCUAUAAAAUAUAUUAAUCAUAAAAAUGGAAGCUGGGGAAUAUAUCGCUAGUUAAUUAAACUUUUAAUUUAACGAUGGGGCAUGUAAAUGAGACAAACAGGAAAGACUUUGUACAGAACGUGAAACAUUUGAGAUUGUCUCGGUUAAUAGUAAUUUUGUCGUUAAUUUUAUUCAUUGUACCUUUAAUUACUCAUUAUUACUUGUCAAGUGUAGAACUUAGUUCUGAUCGUAUAACUCAUAAUGCACAUUCUCAUGUUGACUUGCCUGAAGACUUGAAUUUUUUAAGCGAAACUGAUUUAAAGUCUAGAAUUGAUGAGCUAUUAAGAAUAAAAGGAUCAGUAUCCAGUGAAUUAAGAGAUAUGGAAAAUAAAAGACAAAAGCUGCAACAAGAACUUCAGCAGUAUUCAAGACAAAUCGAGCAGUUAAAGCAAGAAUUAGCACAUCAACAGACAGAACUUGAUAAACUUAAAAUAUCAGUUCAACAAGCGCAGGUGGCACAAAGGGAAGCACUGGAGCAAAAUUCACCAGAGUUGGCUUUACCUAAAAAACUAGUAGCUAAUGAACUUCCUGAUUUUCUACCUUUAUCUUCAAAAACUGUUUCCAAACUGUGUAGAUUAUCUACUUGUUUUGAUCACUCGAGGUGCUCUCUUACAUCAGGUUUUCCUGUAUACCUUUACAGUCCUGAUCAGUAUCCUGUUAUGAACAGUGGUUGGGAUGUUGAUGGAUUUCUGAAGACAACUUUAAAGCAAGCACUGGGAUACAACCCUCAUUUAACAUCUAAUCCUAAAGAAGCUUGUAUUUAUCUUGUUUUAGUUGGAGAAGCACUAAAAGAUUUUGAUCAACCAAGUGAGGAUAUAAGUUAUUCAGAAAAUAUACCUUUAAAUUCAGAGGCCUUAAAACAUUUACCAUAUUGGGGAGGUGAUGGUAGGAAUCACGUUCUUUUGAAUUUAGCAAGACGUGAUUUAUCUGUAAAUUCUAAGGAUCUUUUUGAUGGUGUUGACACAGGCAGGGCUAUUUUGGUGCAGUCUACAUUUACAUAUAGUAGAUUUCGCUCAGGAUUUGAUUUAAUUGUUUCUCCAGUAAUUGGUCCUCCUGGGGGAGAUGUAUGGCAGGAGUGUGCUCUAAUGUUGCCAGCAAGACGUAAGAAUUUGCUUUCAUUCCAGGGAGAAUUGAAAAGUGCCAGAACUGUGCAAAUAAAAGAAAACAAUAGCCAGUAUACUCUUGAUAACUUUAUACAGAAGCAUUUGAAGGAAUUAUCACAAACUUCAACCUCUGAUAAAUUUUAUUUUGAAUUUGAGUGUAAUCCUGCUGUUGACGAUAACAUGAAUUUAGGGCUGACAGACUGGGCUCUUUGUGGUACUGAUAGUUCUAGGAGAGCUUUAUUAAGAGAGUCGACGUUUGUACUGGUAUUUGCUCCAGUUUCUUCAGAAUUAAUUUCGACUUCACUAUUGCAAGCUCGCGUGUAUGAGGCACUGAGAUCAGGGGCGAUCCCAGUUAUAUUAGGAGGAGAUCAGAUACGCUUAGCUUAUGACGAAGUUAUACAAUGGAGACGAGUUGCUAUAUUCUUACCAAGAGCAAGGGUUACAGAGUUGCAUUUUCUAUUACGCACGUUUCCAGAUUCUGAUAUUCUUCUGAUGCGACGUCAGGGCCGUUUGGUUUGGGAACGGUAUUUAGCAUCGGUGCAAAGUACAAUUGACACUAUAAUUGCCGUCAUCAGGGAUCGUUUGAACAUUCCACCUUUACCUGUGGAGUCGUUUCCUGCACUUUCCGUUUUCAAUGAAACUUUUCAGCCCAUCCGAACGGUUGUGAACGUGGAGGAAGAACAGGAUGAAAGUUUAGGACCAUUGGAACCUCCUUACAAUAGUCCUGCAUUUAAGAGGAACUUCAGUUUAAUGUUAACCCAAGGUUAUGAGAUUUGGAACGAUUGGGGCGAUCCAUUCCAUUUGUACCCUUCAUUACCUAAAGAUCCAAUGUUGCCGUCUGAUGCGAAAUUUAUGGGAUCCGAAAGAGGUUUCCGACCUAUUGGGCUAGGACAGGGAGGUGCAGGUAAGGAAUUCUCAGAAGCACUGGGAGGAAAUUACCCAAGAGAACAAUUUACGAUAUUGUUAUUAACGUAUGAAAGAGAUCAAGUUCUUCUGGAUUCGAUUGCUAGAUUAAGGGGACUUCCUUAUUUAAAUUCUGUUCUGGUUGUUUGGAAUUCCCCAAAGCCUCCCAGUCCCGAAUUGCGUUGGCCCGACAUUGGUGUUCCUGUCCAUGUUAUAAAGGCAGCGCGAAAUUCAUUAAACAACCGAUUUCUUCCUUUAGAAAACUUGAAUACUGAGGCUAUACUUUCAGUAGAUGACGACGCACAUCUUAGACAUGACGAAAUACUCUUUGGAUUUCGCGUGUGGAGAGAAUAUAGGGAUCGCAUUGUAGGUUUUCCCGGUCGCUACCACGCGUGGGAUAUUAAUACUGGUAAUAGUUGGUUGUACAACUCGAAUUAUAGUUGUGAAUUGAGUAUGGUGCUAACGGGGGCUGCGUUUGUUCAUAGACAUUACUUUUAUCUCUAUUGGAAGAUGUUGCCUCAAGCAAUUAGGGAUAAAGUUGAUGAGUACAUGAAUUGUGAAGACAUUGCCAUGAACUUUCUCGUUAGUCAUGUAACGAGGCAACCCCCCGUGAAAGUUACCUCAAGGUGGACCUUCAGGUGUCCUGGUUGUCCACAGAGUUUGUCUGAAGAUGACACGCAUUUUAGAGAAAGGCACAAAUGUAUUAAUUUCUUUUCNACAUUUUUGUUGUUCAAUUGCUGGAGAUUUUUUCAAGUAUUAUAUGCAUCUAAGUAA